AUGGUCCAGAGAAUCUCUGGUUCGCCCAUGGAGCUUACAGAGAGAACCAUCAGCGUCUUCCAGGCAAAAUUGAACAAUUGCUCAACCAUAGACCUGGAUGGGCGUGUCGAGAUCCAGAGUAUAAGUCUGGCACCAAAGACAGCCAUCGAUUCAAGUGCACGGAAUGCACUUCUGCUCAAAGAAAAUGAGCUCAAAAGUGCAUACAAACAGCCCCUGGAACGCUACCUCCUGAAAUCGACGAGUAUUAUCCUCAGGCUGGCCUCAAGCAUCUUCUGGCUAUUUGGCCACAAAGACUUGGUUGAACUUGUCGACGAUCCGGCAUGUCUUUUAGAAGAUGAGAUUGUCCCGUUCCUUGCGUCGUUGAUCCUGGGGCUUCCUGAUGAAUUACUAUCGUGA